GCCCGCCAGCCAGCCAUGGACAGGAAGCAGGGCUUCUUCUCGGCGCUGCGGGACGAGGUGGCGCGCGGGCUGUCGCCGGCGCGGGCGCGGCGGAGGGCGGAGGAGGCGGCGGCCGCCAAGGCCGCCCUGCGGUACGCGGGCGGCGGCGGCGGCGGGGAGGCGCUCGCGCCGCUCAUGGAGGGCCCGGAUCCGGAGGAGGCCGGCGGCGGCGACGGCGCCGGGCGACCGCGCAGGGACCGGGACGGCUGGGGCCGGUGGGUGCGCGGCCAGCUCGCGCGCGCGCCGUCGGCCGGCCCGGCGGCGCCUUCCGGCGGCGCCGCGAGGCGGAGCGACCUCAGGAUGCUGCUCGGGGUCAUGGGCGCCGCGCUCGCGCCCGUGCAUGUCUGCGCCGCCGAGCCGCUCCCGCACCUCAGCAUCAAGGACACCCCCAUUGAGACUUCGUCGGCGCAGUACAUUCUGCAGCAGUAUCUGGCUGCCUCCGGCGGGCAGAAGCUCCUCUCGUCCGUCCGAAACGCCUAUGCCAUGGGGAAGGUGCGCAUGGUGGCGACCGAGUGUGAGACUGCUGGCCGUGUCGUCAAGAACCGCAUGGCAGCACGCUGUGCCGAGCCAGGUCGGUUCGUGCUCUGGCAGAUGGCUCCGGAGAUGUGGUACAUUGAGCUGGCUGUUGGUGGGAGCAAGGUGCACGCCGGAUGCAACGGCAAGCUCGUCUGGCGCCACACCCCAUGGCUCGGCGCUCAUUCUGCCAAGGGACCUGUUCGCCCUCUCCGCCGUGCUCUUCAGGGUCUGGAUCCUUUGACCACAGCCAGCAUGUUUGCUGGUGCACGCUGCAUCGGCGAGAGGAAGGUGAAUGGGGAUGACUGCUUCAUUCUGAAGCUGUGUGCUGAUCCUGAGACGCUAAGAGCACGCAGCGAGGGGCUUGCCGAGAUCAUCCGGCAUGUUCUCUUUGGCUACUUUAGCCAGAAGACCGGGCUUCUUGUCCACCUUGAGGAUUCUCACCUCACCCGAAUUCAGUCCACGACUGGAGGGGAUGCAGUUUACUGGGAGACUACCAUCAAUUCAUUCAUCGAGGACUACAGGCCAGUGGAGGGCAUAAUGAUUGCACAUUCCGGGCGCUCGGCCGUGACCCUUUUCCGUUUCGGAGAGGUCGCCAUGAGCCACACAAAGACUCGCAUGGAGGAGGCAUGGAGCAUCGAGGAGGUCGCGUUCAAUGUCCCCGGUCUCUCCAUGGACUGCUUCAUCCCACCCACUGAUAUCAAGUCUGGGUCCAUCAGCGAGACGGUUGAGCUUCCGCACAGUGGGAAGAGCAAGGUCGGUCUUCUUCCAUGCCAUGGUGCUAAGGUUGCUGCUUUAGAGAAGGCUGAUGGUAACGUUGCGUGGAGCGGAGCCCUGCAGCGAGAUUGCAAGUGAUUUACGGUCUGUUCAUACUGCUCCUUGCAGGGAUACUGACUCAUUUUGAUGGAUGUAGGGUUAGAAAGAAUGGGCUAAAGGAGGAUUUGGAUCUUUGGAAUUCCAAAUGUCCCCUGUAAAUAGGGAAGGCUAAGCCACCACAUGGUCUUCAGUAUCCCUGAGGAGAGGCCUUGUGUGAAGAAUCCUUUCUGCUCUCAUUCGGAGAUAUGGUGUAGUAGGUAGUCUUGUUUCUUACUUUCUGUUUUCUGUUCUUUGAGAGUGCCUAUGGAAGAAGCACCAGGGGUGUUCUCCUCCAUCCAACCACAUGAUAAGGAUCAUGCAUGGUGGUAGUGCUGCUCUUUUCUUGGUAGCAAUACUAAUUAUGAGAGGCCCAGCGAGGAAGAAGGAUUUCUCCGUGGGCAAUCGAGUGAUUUCAUCGUCUAAUUAGCAGUUCAGUGUGCUUUGGUUGUGACAGUCUCCAGUCAAACUAACUUUUAGGGGAAGCUGGGAGGUCCAGAGUGGUUGUUGCUCUUUUUUUUAGUGUUCCAUAUCAUGGGUCUAGCUGUUUUCCCCCCUUUGUCCUUGACACCAUCUCCCUUAUUUAGUAUGAGAUGGUGGUUGUUGUAUUCUAAGGAAACUGAUGUAAUCCAAAAACUUCUAUGAAUGCCAUGGAUCGAGGUGUUGUGUUCCUGUGCACUCAA